AGGGCGGGCGAUACUGAUGAACUCCAUAUUCACUUGUCCGUACUGAAUGCACCCCGUGAGGUGGCAAAGGAUGACGAGGAGAUGAUGGAUCUGUUAAGAAAGACGCUCCCGAGGUGGAAUACGGUCACGCUACAUCUCAACCGACGAGAGAAUGUCCUGGAUGGCUUUGACCAGUGGACCUCACUGCGGUCCUUGUCUGUCACAUUUCUACGACAAGUCAGCACCACAUCAUUUGAGCCGCUCUUCGAUUCGAUCGACAGGUCGGCACUGCAACUCAAAACACUGCAUAUUUCGGGGGACACGCGGGAAUGGGCACCCUACUUCCAGUCCGUAUUCCCCCGCCUCGUGUCCUUCACUCUCCAAGACUCUUCUCUCCGAUGUCUGGGUAAUAUUCAUUGGAAGAAUCUACAACAUCUUGUUCUCGUACACUGUGCAGGCGCGCUAGCUACAAUGAACCCGUCCCCUUUCCAUUCCGGUACCACCUCUUUCCCCGCCCUCAAAACCUUGACCAUCCACAGAGCACCGGCUGAGGUGAUACAGGGGUUCCCACUCGACACCCUCAAAGAACUCUCCAUAUCCGAUUCCGAAAUGACACUCAGCGAAGUACGGCUCCUCCCCAAGUUGGAAAGCCUAGACCUCCAGCUAAAAGCGUCUCAAAUGGGCUUUUUAACUUGGUUAAAGACCCCGAAUAUCAAAUCGUUUGAACUAAAGCAGGUGGAGCCCGGUGAUCUGAACGGCAACACUCCUCUUGCCGCGUUGACCACGUUCCUCAAUCAGAACGCGAGGAUGAUCCCUGAACAGCCCCCUGUCAAUGCGCAGGAUGAAGAGGAAUCGACAGACCCUUCCACUUCCACAGCCGCGGACGCCACAGCGUCACCCGAUGCCUCUUCCUCCACAAUUGCAACCGCUCUCGAUGCACCAACCGCACUCACAACCGAAUUGGAAAGGACCAGUGCCUUUGCUUUUCGGCAUGUAGCUAUACAAGAUGUCGUGGUUGAUCCAAGUGCUUUUGAGAGUGUUCUCAAGAGGAGUCCCAAUCUUGAGGUCUUGAGGAUCGUACCGAUCUCAUUGACCGCGGCACGCAAAUUGCUGUGGCUCAAGGAGAAACAGGGGACGUUGGCGGGUGACGGCCCACUGGAUAUCGCACCUAUAGAACCCCAAACGGACUCUAACUCUACUCGGGCAGACAAUGGUCCUAGUGAUGAGGUGAUGGGUAGAACGAUGGAUAGUAUUGUCAUCGACACUGAUACGGAAAUGCAGAUAAUAGAACAGGAAGUGAGUUCAGAUGCAGACAGAACGAGUGUAGAACUCGAUCUCCUCGGCUUGGAUUGGUGCAUGCCCGACACCACGACCACAACUGCAGCUUCUUCUCAAUCUGGACAGAUAUAUUCUCCUACAGACUUUAUGGAUCUUCCCAUGGACGAGGGACCCUCUUCGAUACCAACACCCGAGCUUUACAUCCUUGACGACCUGCCCAGCUCUUCUGAAAAGGCUGCUAGUUCAAUGACACUCACAAGCACCUCGACGUCUGCUCCUCUCUCUAUGAUCGACUUGAAUUCUCCUCCCUCUGCCUCUCCAUCCGGUCCGAAAUCCAUGGACGAUGUCCAUCGGGCCUCAUCCGCAGACCCGCCCUACCACGUCCACACCCCAAGUGUGGAUCCUAUUCCCUCUUCCUCCAUGGAGAUAUCCAACUCCCUCCCCAUUGAACUUAUCCCCUCCAGUGCUCUUUCUGAUAGUGACAUGCCUACUGCUUCCACUUCUGUAUCCACCCCGACCCCCAUCACAGCCGCUACAACCCCCGCUGUUCCUACCACAAUCGUCGCAUCUCCUUCUCCCGAGACGACAGAUAAAACACCACCUCCACCCCAGGUAUCACCAUCGAACGCUUCCUCGCAAGAGAAUGGAGGACAAUAUGUCGCUCCUGCUCUCCAUGAAAUCAAGAUCCGUAUUCUACCCUAUGCUCUAUAUGUCGAAGAGGAUGCCGAAGCGACCCUACGCAAAGAGCUCGAAGAAGUCGCAAAGGAAAGGACGGAGAAUGGGCUUCCCCUGAGCGUCAAAAUUUUCAGAAACAUCGUCAAAUAG